AUGAGCCUCAAGGAGACCCAGGCUGGUGUGUUCACAUGGCGCGUAGAAACGAACUCAGCGCUCUUUGGCACAUUGUCCCAUGUCAUGACCAUCAGCCCGUCAGUGUCUAAAUCCAGUACUGUGUUUUCCACUGAAGCUGUUUCCAUCAGUCCGACCAGUGUGACCUUAACACGGGAAAACGAUGACAUAGCUGCUUCUAACAACAGUGAGCCACCUCCAACGAUGAGGAGUGAGAUGGAAAAUGUUGCAUCGACGAUCCCUGUUGCAAAUCCAACAAGAAAUGACAUCACAGGUUUAAGUCCAACAGCUUCAUAUCCACCCUCCACCACUUCAGGAGUGUUUGACAAGACUAGCAGACGUCCGGUGGACAUAAAUGUUACAACAGAGCCCAGUCCGGUUUCUGCGGUUCGCUUUGCCUUGGUGGGUGUGACGGAAGUCUCUCUUACCUGGAGGAGUGGUAAUGACACUGCUACCUGCCGGAUGCUCCUUGAAGUCCUUGGAAGCCCUGAGGAGAUGACUCAAAACCUAGCAGUCAAUAUUUCAGACCUGAAGCCGGGGAAUCAAUACAAGGUCACCCUGUAUUUUUCAGAACCAAAUGAGACACAGAGAGACCCCCUGGUUACAGAAGUUUGCUUAGGUACCAACAACACAGACAGCUUGCCCCACCCACCUGAGAACUCCACUGCCCCGGUGAUCAAACAUUGCCUGGAACCAGCAGACCGAUCCUCUGACCAUCGUCUGACCCGAGGCACGCAAGUCCUGCUUUUGGGAUUAAAGCCUGACACACAGUACAAGGCCACUGUUUAUUCUCGAGCAACAGAUGGCACAGAAGGAAAGCCCCGGACCAUCGAGUUCAAUACAAACUCCAGUCAGGUUUUUGACAUCAAAGUUGUGAACAUCAGUGCCACAAGCAUGACCUUGACCUGGAAAAUCAAUGAUAAUAAGUCAUCCUCUGUCUAUACCUACGAGAUAGAAGUUGCUACAGAGACCAGUUCCCUCAAUCUCACCGUCAAUGAGACUCGUGCCCUCAUCGCUCCACUCAGCUCGCGUACCUUAUACAACAUCACGGUGCGUCCUUUCCUUGACAACGGUUCCAAAGGCAUGCCGGGCUUUCUCCAAGUGUACACCCCCCCUGGUCCAGUUUCCGACUUUCGAGUGAUGAAUGUCAGCUCCAGGGAAAUUGGCUUAGCUUGGAGCAGCAAUGACUCAGAUUCCUUUAAGAUACUUACCACAUGGGAUGGAGCUGGAACACCUCAGGUGCAAACAACAACUGAGCAAAGUAUCAUCAUUCGUGGUUUAUACCCUGGAACCAACUACAGCUUUGAAAUAGUUCCACAAGGACCAAAUGGGACUGAAGGGGAUUCCCAGAGAGUUUACAGUAGAACUGAUGCCGGUGCGGUGUUUGACAUCCGUGUGGUCCAUGUCAACACGACUGAAAUGCAGCUGGAGUGGCAGAACAGAGACAAUGCUUCUGAGUACAUCUACCAUCUAGACAUACAGUCUGAGCAUGGCACUCGUGAGAUGAACAGUUCUGACAGGGCAGCCACACUCACGGACCUGAUCCCAGGCACCUUAUAUAACAUCACAGUCUCUCCAGAAGUGAACCACGUCCGUGGGAUCUCCAACUUCACGGCACAGUACACACGGCCCAACAGUGUAUCUGACAUUGAAAUAAGUACCAAGACCACAGCAGCAACCUUAAGUUGGCAGAACUUGGAUAAAGCCUCUUCUGGGUACACCUACCGCCUUCUUAUUGGGAAGGAUGGAAAUUCUAGCCAAAUAACAGUCACAGUCACUGGCAUCACUUCUGCUACAGUCACCGGAUUAAUACCUGGCUUGUGGUACACAGUGGCGAUCGUCACACAAGUGGGGAAUGUCAGCGACUCACUGACACCUAGCUGGCAGUCAUUCUGUACAGAUCCUGCACCAGUAGCCUCCUUCCACUGUGAGGUGGUCCCCAAAGAGCCGACCUUGGUUCUCAAGUGGGCCUGCCCUGCCGGCACCAACACAGGCUUUGGGCUGGAGAUCAGCCGUGGAGCCUGGAAAAAUAUGACACACCUGGAGAGCUGCUCCUCGGAGAACAGCACCGAGUACAGGACAGAAGUCACAUAUUUGAAUUUUUCUACCUCGUACAACAUCAGCAUCGCUACCUUUUCCUGUAACAAGAUGGCACCCCCCACCCAAAUCACCUGUCUCACUGGCAUCACAGAUCCACCUGCUCCAGAUGGAUCUCCUAAUAUUACAUCUGUCAGCCACAAUUCGGUCAAAGUCAAGUUCAGUGAGUUUGAAGCCAGCCAUGGACCCAUCAAAGCCUACGCUCUGGUUCUCACCACUGGGGAAGUUGUCCACCUGUCUGCAGAUGUCUUGGGGUAUACGUAUAAAGAAUUCAAAAAGGGGGCCUCAGACACUUAUGUGACAUACCUCAUAACAACAGAAGAGAAGACGCGUUCUCAGGGCUUGUCUGAAGUCUUGAAAUAUGAAGUUGACGUUGGGAAUGAGUCAACCACGCACGGCUACUAUAACGGCAAGCUGGAGCCCCUGGGCUCCUAUCGGGCUUGUGUGGCUGGCUUCACCAACAUUACCUUUAACCCUUCCAAUGACGGACUCAUAGAUGGUGCCAAGAGCUACGUGUCCUUCGGUCGCUGUUCAGAUGCUGUUUUCUUGCCCCAGGAUCCAGGUGUCAUCUGUGGAGCGGUUUUUGGAUGUAUCUUUGGUGCCCUGGUUAUUGUGGCUGUGGGAGCCUUCAUCUUCUGGAGAAAGAAAAGGAAAGAUGCAAAGAACAAUGAAGUGUCCUUUUCUCAAAUUAAACCUAAAAAAUCCAAAUUAAUCAAAGUGGAGAAUUUUGAAGCCUACUUUAACAAACAGCAAGCAGACUCCAACUGUGGGUUUGCGGAAGAAUACGAGGAUCUGAAGCUUGUUGGAAUUAGUCUACCUAAAUAUGCAGCUGAACUGGCUGAGAAUAGAGGAAAGAAUCGCUAUAAUAAUGUUCUGCCCUAUGAUAUUUCCCGUGUGAAGCUUUCAGCCCAGAACCAUUCAACUGAGGAUUACAUCAAUGCCAACUACAUGCCUGGCUACCAUUCCAAGAGAGAUUUUAUUGCCACGCAAGGACCUUUACCCAACACCUUGAAAGAUUUUUGGCGUAUGGUUUGGGAGAAAAAUGUAUAUGCCAUUGUUAUGCUGACCAAGUGUGUUGAACAGGGAAGGACCAAAUGUGAGGAGUACUGGCCCUCCAAGCAGGCGCAGGACUACGGGGACAUCACUGUGGCAAUGACAUCAGAAACUGUUCUUCCGGAAUGGACCAUCAGAGACUUCACAGUGAAAAAUAUCCAGACAAGUGAGAGUCACCCUCUGCGACAGUUCCAUUUCACCUCCUGGCCGGACCACGGUGUUCCUGACACCACCGACCUGCUCAUCAACUUCCGGUACCUUGUUCGUGACUACAUGAAGCAGAUUCCUCACGAAUCGCCGAUUCUGGUGCAUUGCAGCGCUGGGGUUGGAAGGACAGGCACUUUCAUUGCCAUUGAUCGUCUUAUCUAUCAGAUCGAGAAUGAGAACACUGUGGAUGUGUACGGAAUUGUGUAUGACCUUCGAAUGCACAGGCCUUUAAUGGUGCAAACAGAGGACCAGUAUGUUUUCCUCAAUCAGUGUGUUUUGGAUAUUAUCAGAUCCCAGAGGGACUCAAAAGUAGAUCUCAUCUACCAGAACACAAAUGCAAUGACAAUCUAUGAAAACCUUGCACCGGUGACCGCGUUUGGAAAGACAAAUGGUUACAUCGCCUAAUUCCAAAGGAAACCUUUCUGGAGUUAACCAGACCGUCACAUCCACAGCAAAGGAACAUGCCCCGAUGUUGACAUGUUUUUAUAUGUCUAAUAUCUUAAUUCUUUGUUCUGUUUUGUUAGAACUAACUUGAGGGUGUGAAGCUGCACACGUAAAACAUGACAAAUGAGAAGUUGGGGCUGUCGGGGGCUGUGGAUGGGUGGUGAGCAAAUCAGUUCUAUUCCUGAUUACCACUGGGAUCAGUUCACUUUUUUUGUUUUUUCUUGAGAAUUCCGGAACACCAGGAGAAGUGAGCUAUGAUUUCCUUUUUCUUUUUCAAAACAGAUUCUUUUUAAAAAAGACUAUUUUAUAUGAUUCACAUGCUAAAGCCAGGAUUGUGUUGGGUUGAAUAUAUUUUAAGUAUCAGAGGUCUAUUUUUACCUACUGUAUCUUGGGAUCUAGCUGAUGGAAAAUACAUAGUUGUGGAUGAUGAUCAUGUAGGGAGGGGUAUGUGGUGCCUCUUCCGCCUGAGUUUUCUAUUUAAACAUGUGCCUUUUCUGAAUUAUGCUUCCACAGGCAAAACUCAGUAGAUAUCUAUAUUUUUGUAUUGAAUCUCAUAAUUGGAAUAUAUGAAAUAUUUAAACAGUAGUUUAGUAUCAGAGGUUCAGCCUUCUCAGUAACAUUCCUGUUCUCAGUUGAUUAGAGGAGGCCCCUCCCCCACUUCCCCCUUCCCCCAUUUUGUGCUUUAUUCUUUCUGCCCCUUUCCCUCCCAAUUUGCCCCAAAGACACCUCUGUUGGCCACAUUUUCAGCCCAUUGGUUGAGUGACAGUAGAAACUAUAUAUCACCCUGAGAAUUUCUGGGGGAAACCCUACAGUGAUGUAAUCUCCAUUUCUCAUCCCUGUUUUAUUUUUUUUCUCAAUUCUCUAUUUGUUAAGAAGGAUUAUUUAAAGGUGCAAUAUGUGACUUAGUGAUUCAUGAGGCUCUAGGUUUUUAGUGACGUUUUACUCAGGUUGGCAUUUUAUGUGUCUGUGUGUCCGUGUAUAUGUGUGUGUGUUUUUAAAAGCGUGGCAAUCUGUGAACACUUCAGUGUGAAAACAGUGUCAAAUUAAUCGCUCCUUCCUCAAAGUCCACUGGCUUUAGUCUGUAUCUGCAGUGACACAUAUUGGUAUCUACUGUAUAAAUAUAUACUAAACUCUUAAAACAGUCAUUCCUUUGAAUUGAGGUGUACAAAGUUUGAAUUUGUAUCAAAGAUGUAAUUAUUAUUUUUAAAACCUCUUUUCACUAUACUGCUGCUGUAAUUACUUUGAUUUUUUUUUUAAUGUAGAUUAAUUUUUUUUUUGCUUCAGGUGUGUAUUCACCAAGAAUUUCAGAAUUUAUGUGGAUUUAUUUUAUUGGUACAUAAUCUGUCAACUUCUCAAGGCAUUAACAUGAAAGGAUUUGUUUCUUUUUAUUUUAUAUUGUGGCUCAGGUUAUAUUUUGAAGAAGUUUUGAGUUUAUCCUCCAAUAGGCAAUGAAGUGUACAAGGUCUUAUGAAGGAAUUACAAUCUCUGGAGUCCUGUGGCCGUUUUCCACAGUAAUGAAUCCUGCUGUAAACUUAGGACAAAUGUGUCCUGUUGAAAAUGGGAGCGGGGACUUCUCUGAGGCCCUGGUCACUGUUGACCUGUGGGAGCCCGUCUCCUCACCCUGCCAUGCUCCUCAGCUCGCCGGCACUUUGCUAACCGACUGGACGUGUUAGUGGGAGUUUUAGGGUUAUGAAGGGUGAACCACAUGUACUGAAAGCCCUUGAUUUGGUUCCGAGGUUUCAUGCUGUACGUCUUAUCUCCCUUUCCCUUUGAGGUACUUAAAGGAUUAAAAGGAAAGGUGGUGGUGGUGGUGUCAUAUUUUGGGAGAACCUUACUUCCCAAAUGGAAAUUGCACUUUUUGCUGGAGGCUUUGCUCUCUUUGGUAGUAAGCAGUUCAUUCAGUAUCAGGCCCUAAAGGAGUGGGCUGGCCUGGCCAUAUUGGACCCUCUUGACUCACCUGCAGAGGGGCCUUUGGCUCUGUAGGUCUGAAUCAGGGAGGCCAUGCCAUCCCGGGCUGUUGAGUGAAGCUGGGUUUGGGCAGAUUGCUUCCAAACCCUCACACUGGUCUGCCCCUCAGGGCAUGCAGAUCUUGGAGAGUUCCAUAACUUCAUUCAGAGGUCCCUGUUCAGGCAGCAUUUCUGUGGGCCACACACCUCCCCACUCCAGUUUGUCAGGAAACCAUUGUGAUGGAUGCCUAGGUGUCAAAUCCCCAUAGAUGCUCCGCUCUGCCCACAUGGCUGCCAUGGAGAAGUCGGAGGGAAGGACUUGGCUCUAAAAAUCCCUUUAAAAAAUUAAAGCAACAAGAAUUAUAAACACUGAAUAAAAAUGCAAAAAAACAGAAACCCUCCUCCCUUCCACCUGGUAUGGGCCUGGGAAAUGGGCAGCAACCCCACAAGCCGCCCUUGGACAUCAUUCCCAAUCUCAGGAGGAAGGCUUGUGGUGGAGAGGUCUGGAUUCCAAAUGGGCAGGUCACAGGAAGGUCACGAUACUUCUCUGCAUCCUGAAGAGGGCUGGGGACUGGGCUAGUGGGGGUGGUGAGGGUAUUUAUAGCACAGUGAUUGAAAAGGGAAGAUUAAUGUGUAAAUAGAAAGGACACACGGGCUGGGGGUUGGUCAUAGAAAAGAGAAGGUGCUUUUGAGCUCCUGUUCCAAACGCUCCAGGAACGAUGAACUAGGGAAUGUGAGGAGUCCAGUGGAAUGGAGGGGAUGGUGUGAUCGCCACUGCUUAGUAUUUGACAGUUGCAUCCAGGAAAGCAGUCAGGGGAUUAGUUGAAAGGACCAAAGAUUGGUGGUCAGUUGGUUUGGGGGAUUUGGGCCAUUGACAUCUUCACCCAAGAGCAAGGACUUUUUGUCUCCAAAGUCAAAUCUAGUGGUGAUUGACACAAGUAGAAAAUGACAUGUGGGGUCUGUUCCCUGCGGCCAUGUAGUGCCCUCCAGCUUGACUUUGGCGUCAUUGACUCCACUGGAUUUGGGCCCCAUCAAGUCAGAGGCUCUUGGGGGGUGGGGCCAACCGUGCAGCUGACUCACAUUCGUUUGUCAUCUGGGAUGGGAAAGGCUGGUUUUCUUUUCAAAUGCUUGAUUGUGCUUAUUGAGCUAACAGGCCUUGGUGACUGAUGUUGAUUUGCCUCAAAGUCUAAGUUCUGAGUUUCCAGACUGUGUAGCAGCCGAGUGUUCCACAUACUGUAGCUUUUUUCCCUGGGGGCACAUAUGGAUAGGACAUGUUGAUGUGGACUCUAAAACUGUAAUUUUCUUGUAACUAUUUUGGAAUGAUGCAUAUUUCUAAUGUUUGUUAUACUUGUACAGAGUAUUGCUGUCGGUUGCUUUUUUUUGUUUGUUUUUUAAGGAAAAAAAUGGCCUGAAAAAAUUUUUUAAAAAGACUUAACAAAUACCAAAUAUAAAAAAUGUCAACACA